CUGUCAUUUAUUCGUGCUUUUGCUUUGUCGUAAAAAAGUGGCGACUAUUUUACUUUAAACAUAAAUAUUGAUAUCAUCAUAAGUAUUUAAAGUUUUGAGAAUAAUUGAAGUCAUCAACAAUGGCUUCCACAAGCUCCGAUAAUCAAUCCACAAUUGCGCAGAAAACAUGGGUAAUGGCCAACAGCAUCGAAACGGUGUCCAGUGUUGAUGAAAUAUACCGCUACGAUAAGAAACAACAGCAAGACAUCCUUGCCGCUAAACCAUGGGAAAAAGAUCCACAUUUCUUCAAAGAUAUUAAGAUCUCAGCUUUAGCACUCUUGAAAAUGGUGAUGCACGCUCGCUCUGGAGGGACUCUAGAAGUUAUGGGGCUUUUAUUAGGCAAAGUAGAUGCAAAUACUAUGAUAGUGAUGGACUCAUUUGCUUUGCCAGUCGAGGGCACGGAGACACGCGUCAACGCGCAGGCACAGGCUUAUGAAUACAUGACAGCUUACAUAGAGGCAGCUAAACAGGUUGGCCGCCACGAAAAUGCCAUUGGUUGGUACCACAGCCACCCUGGCUACGGGUGCUGGUUGUCCGGCAUUGACGUCUCCACACAAAUGCUGAACCAGAACUUCCAAGAGCCGUUUGUUGCCAUUGUCAUUGAUCCCGUCAGAACCAUCUCAGCUGGCAAGGUCUGCCUUGGUGCUUUUAGGACAUAUCCAAAGGGCUACAAACCAGCUAAUGAAGAGCCCUCAGAAUACCAGACCAUCCCACUCAACAAAAUUGAGGACUUUGGUGUCCAUUGCAAGCAGUACUACUCACUGGAAGUGUCCUACUUCAAGUCUUCUCUGGACCGGAGACUGUUGGAUUCUCUGUGGAACAAGUAUUGGGUCAACACACUAAGCAGCUCAAGUUUGAUUACCAAUGCAGAAUACACAACAGGACAGAUAUUUGAUCUGUCUGAUAAGUUGGAACAGAGUGAAGUGUGCUUGGGUCGUGGCGGCUUCAUAGUGCCCGGCGCAGACCCCCACGAGAAGCGCACGGAGGACAAGCUCGGCAAGGCCACGAAGGACGCGUGCAAGACCACCAUCGAGGUCAUCCACGGGCUCAUGGCGCAGAUGAUCAAGGACCGCCUCUUUAACGGCGUCAGCGGCCGCCCCGGGCCUGCCACGCCCAUGAUCGAGGACUCCUAGUGUAGCGUAUAAGAUACAUUAACUAAAAUCAUUGAGAAUAUUGCUAAUACAGACUUAAUUGGAGUUUAUUUUGUCAUUGCUCAGAAGUCGACAUAUUUUACUCUAUUUUUUUAUCUCGGCGCGCAUGAUUACCGCAAACUUCUGGACGCGACUGUUAUGUUGUUGUUUUUAUCAUCCCUCGACUGUUGUGAUGUACCUCAUUGCAUAUGUAUAUUAUUGUACACACAGCUGCAGAAGUGCAUGCCAUCUUUAUUUAUGGAAUUCAUACAUAAAGUGGAUAUGCACGUUUGCAGCUCGCUGUGCAUCUGUCUAGUGUAUGUAAUAUUGACGUUGGAGAUAUUAAAAUUAAAUGACAGAAUAUUUCCAAAGUUAAUUAUAAACAGUGUAAUAAUAUUAUUGUGAUUUUUGUAAAAAACUUAUAAUAAAUAUUGUAAAAAUUAUAAA